AUGUGACCAUUGACUGAGCAUGUGCGAGGCAGCAGAGAGAUUAUCGCUGCCACGACUCUGGGCUGCCCUGUAUAUCUUCUACUUGCUGGAAUAUUCGUUGUAGUUCAGGCAUGAAGGAGCGGAAACCUCUCGGUUCAGGCCGUGGAGCGGAGCGGAGCGACUCGGUUUGGGGGGACUUUGGAGACUUUACGCAUGCUCCUCGUCAGCUGCGGGCGGGGAGACUUUAAAGUUGGACGCUUUUCAUUUACAGUAGUGACGGAGGUGAAAUGAGAUUCUGUAGUGAACUCUUGGUAUUUUUGGAACAUCUCAAGUGGUCUCACAACAGAUAACCAAGAAGAGGACAAAGUCCCUGUGACGCGACCAUUCCCACUGUAACAAAUGGCAGAUGGAUAUGAGCAGGCCAGCGCAUCAGAGUUUAUUAAGGACCGCCUGUACUUUGCCACUCUGCGGGUCAAACCUAAGAAUACAGCCAACACACACUUCUUCAGCACGGAUGAGGAGCUCAUAUAUGAAAG